AUGAAAGCAACAACGAUGUACUCUCAGCUUAACUUCAAGUUUCUUCUCCUUGUUGUCCUCUUUACCAUCCCAGCUGGAGCACACCACCACGAUGGCUGCAACGACGCGUCGCAGAACCCGUUACUCGUCCAGCAGAAAUCGCAACAGUCUUCCUUAUCUCAGCCUGUCGUUACAGGCCCAACCUGGAUAGAAAAGUAUGGGCCUCAGAUAGAUCAAGGAUUCACCGGUCCCUUGUCAUUCUCUCAUCUCCCCUACAUUCGAUGCUUGGAGAGCGACGAACCCAAAUUCGAUAUUGCAAUUCUUGGUCUACCUUUCGAUACAGCGACAUCCUAUCGACCUGGAGCGCGCUUUGGUCCGUAUGCUAUUCGUUCAGGUAGUCGACGGCAGCGCGGUAUCAGGGGAUACACUCUGUCCUGGGGAAACAACCCGUAUGAGCAAGGCCAAAAGAUUAUUGAUUGUGGUGACGUUCCUGUCAAUCAGUUUGACAAUGCUCUUGCAUUGGAUCAGAUGGAAGUUGCGUAUUCAACACUCCUUGCAAGACCAUCGGCUCGAAACCCAGAAGAUGAUCCCGUCACAAGCAUGAUCUCGAAGGAUGGUUUGGAGCAUCCUCGCAUCGUUAGUCUUGGAGGUGAUCAUACAAUUGUGCUGCCCAUUUUGCGGUCGUUGUAUAAGAUCUAUGGGCCAAUAUCCGUCAUUCAUUUCGACGCCCAUCUCGACACCUGGCCAGCUUAUCCUGGCCAAACAAGCGAGCAAUCUCGGGUUACACACGGAACGUUCUUCUAUCUCGCGCGAGAGGAAGGCCUACUUGCCAAUAAUAGCAUCCACGGUGGGAUUCGGUGCAAACUCGCAGGCGUUCAAGAUCUCGAGAACGACGACGCCGUUGGAUUCCAAGUCAUCUCGACAGAUGACAUCGACGAUCUUGGAAUCCCAACGAUUAUUCGCAAGAUAAGAGAGCGUAUCGGCGAUAGCCCUGUGUAUCUGAGCCUUGAUAUUGAUGUCAUAGAUCCUGGUUUGGCACCUGCUACUGGCACCCCAGAAGCGGGAGGAUGGACAACCCGUGAAAUGAAGCGUAUCAUUCGUGGGCUAGCUGGGCUCAACUUCGUUGGUGCGGAUAUCGUGGAGGUUGCUCCUGCAUACGAUAAUGCUGAAAUCACUGGGAUUGCGGCUGCCGAUUUGGUGCACGAUUUCCUCUCGAUGCUGUUGUCCAAAGAGCCCCCCAAGGUACCUGUUCAUCACCGCAAGGAUCAUAGUGCUGAAAAAACCGUGGACAACUGA